CAAUUUUAGAACCUGGGAUUCAAGAGGUUAAACUACAGUGUUACUUAUGACUUACAUAGGUAGGUAAAGAUGGUACAUGCAGAUGCUAACUAUAAGAUUAUAUAUGGCCAUGGCGGCUAUAAUAUCUCCAGGACAAAGACAAAUGGACAAGUGAUUUACGACUGCAAUUUAAAGAAUGCAGUCGUGAACACUUACAAGGGUACAUCUGACAAAAACUAAUCCUCUAAUGGAACUCCUCACUGGAUAGCAUCAUUACAGAUCCAUAAUUAAAGUGGAAAAAUCAAUACAUUCUGAUUACACAUCUUAAAGCAUACACUUAUUUGCUAGCACGCUAGGGUGGAUAACAAAAAGACAGAGCUGAAAUUCUUAUCAAAGACCAAUUGUAAUAUGAUGUUUAUUAACUAAAACUUCAAAGAGUUCUAGCCAUUGACUGCAUUAAUGAAGAAUUAUUUUCAAUAAUUGGACAUUGAUUGUGUGACAGUGAAUAUAAUAUACAGAUCAGCUAAUAACCAUUAUAGGAGUCUAUUACUGGAGAUGUAUCGGUUCACAUUGAGGAGGUUAAUAUGGUUAUGCGGUCUCAGCUUCUUGCUUUUCCAGUUCUCGGCCAUUCUAACACGUCUCUCUACAGACGAGCCAGUGAUUUCAACACAUCAAAAACAGCUAAUGGAUACCACAUCAAAAAUGAAUCCCAUAGAAAAUCCCCAAGAUAAAAAGAACAUUCCUAAGAUAAAGGAUGAUGUUAAAAUUGAAAGCAAUGGUCAGAUUCAGAACAACGAUAUUAUUAAAAAGCCCAUUGCUGAUAGCCAGAAAAAUAGCAAAGAAACAGCUAUGAACCCUCCUAAAUCAGAAGAUAUCUCUAAACAAUGCCCUGUUGAUUCAAGCCUGACAUUCGCAAAGACAGAUUUCUGGCAACAGCUUCAAACAUCUGCUAAAGAUUCCAAAUUCUACAUAUUUUCAGCAUAUAUGGAUAUGUUAUGGCGUAAAAGUGAGCGUUAUGUGCGACUUGUAGGUACAACAACAACUUCAUUCCAUGCUGAGACAUUCUGUAAGUUAUGGUAUAGUGAUGGUAAGACAGAGACAGUGCCCUCUAUAAACAAUGCAAUAAAAGAAAACUGGGGUAUGCAAUACAGUGCAUAUUUUUACCUUUGCACCUUACCAAAUAAGGAGACUCCAUGUGCUGUGUCAAUACUCAGCGGGAGAGACAGUCCCCCACUUAAUAUACUCCCAGUGCAUAACAAUGAGUUCAACAUUGGUCUAACUAAAGGGGAGUUUGGAUUAUGUGUUAAGCCUCUACAUUAUGAAUAUACCAAAUACCUACAGUUUGUGGAGUUUAUUGAACUACAGCAGAUCCUAGGAGUGGAGCAUUUCACAUUCUAUCUGAACACUGUCAGUGAAAAUAUGACCAAAAUAUUAACUUAUUAUGAAAAGAAGGGAAUAAUUGAUGUGCUUCCUUGGAAAAUAGAUAUCAAGUCUCAGAAAGAGGUUAGAACUGAGAAUAUGUUUGCUGCAUUAAAUGAUUGUUUGUUGAGGUACAGAUAUCGCUUCAAAUAUGUUCUUAUGAUUGAUCUUGAUGAAUACAUUAUACCAUAUGAACACAACACCCUAAACUCUAUGAUGUCAGACAUACACUUAAGCCAUAGAGAUGCCUCAUUUAUAUUUCGCAAUGGAUUCUUCUAUCUACAACACCCAGAUGACAUGACAAUCCCAGAUAAUCCUCCAUUAUCAACUCUUCGUAAAACAACACGAUUAAUCAAACUGCAUCCUCACAACCAACGCUCAAAGUACAUUGUAGACCCCUUAGGAGUGGCAGAGGUUGGCAACCACUUUGUCUGGUCCCAUAUAUCAGGCUACACAACUAAGCUUGUCAGUGAUAAGAUAGCAUUCACCCAUCACUACAGGAUAUGUGAAUUUGGAGGAGAUGAUUGUGUGAAACUACCACACACAACAGACAGAAGAGCUCAUUACUUUGCUAGCAAACUUCUACCAAGAGUAAAACAAGUGUUUAUUAAUCUAGAAUUUCAUUGGUUACUGAAUUAAAUUUGUCUUGCAGCAAAUAAACAACAGGUACGUACUUGUAGUCACAUUGGGCAUAUGUUUAUAAAGUACAAACAAUAUUUGGCUAACAGUAUUUGAGUUAUGGUUUGUUUGUUCAAAUUGAUUGUUUACUUUUCGAGACAUUAUUGUUGACCUAAACACUUAACUGCCUAAAAAGUGUUAUUUCAACAAUGAAUGUGGUUUCACCAUAUGAAUUGUUGUGGAGGAUUUCAAAUUAGCCACCAAUGUGUUGGCAGCAGCAGACAGAUAGACAGACAGAUGGAUUAACAGCAGGACAUACAGACAAGUGGUUGAUAAUCAGUGUAGUCAUUAACGGCCUUCCCGGCAGAUAUUGUCCCGUAGAUUGAGCCCCGGUUCCGCAAUGUUUGCAAAAGCGCCGGUCAUUUGGACCAGCAUGAUAUUUAAUCGCCUACCUAGCAGUAGAAUUCAUGUCCGUGCUGUUAUUCUCCUAAUAAUUUGAGUUGUCGAUGAUUAAAUCGCCAGAUUUAAGUUAUUUACAAGAAUUCAUAAAAAAAGAGAUUAUACAAAAUAAAUGCGACAGGAAGUUUGUUCCGGGUUGGAAUAAGCAAUUUGAUUGGGUUAUCUAUAAUACACAAACUAAAAAACUGUUUUGUUAAAUAUGCAGGGCCAUGUAUAAGCCAUUCUAUUCAAGUGAAAACAACACUGCUAAUAAAUUCAGGCAAUACAGCCAGGGAACUCUUGUGCAAGGUUAUAAUAACUUUAAAGUAUCCAUACUUAAAGAGCAUGACACCUCCCUGGGCCACAAAAAUGUUCUUUAUUGUUUAACAAGAUUUUGAUUGACCAGUAACAUUUCAUACGGACCAGGGACUUUUUUGAGGUGCUAGUCAUUUUGAUCAGCCUAUUUUGAUACGGACCAAUCAACUUUGAUGCUCAACAGGUCUGUAUGACAAGUCUCUUUUUCCCCCUUAAUGACUACACUGUUGAUAACAAUAGCUGAAACCAUGUGAGGUAUAAAGUGAUACUUACCAUAUUGAGUACAUAUUUUUCUGCCUCCUUGGGACCAGAUAACUCCACUCUGUUUGCCAUGUCUGCCAGUGACAGUGUUAAGAAUGUCUGAAACAUAUGCAUACUCUAAUAAAGACCUUAACUACAUGUGUAUAAUGGCAUUCUUGCCAUGUCCUAGUUGUUUCAACGUAACAAUAUUAAUAAGGAGAGUAAUUCAAAAAUAGUUUUUUAAGCUUGUAGGGCUUUUUUAAAUUCCAUUGUAAUUGUAAAAGUUCAUUAAUAAAAGUUCAUUAAUAAACCAAGGAAUGAGUUUUACAUCCAGAGUGAGGUAUUAUGUCCUAUAUAAGAUGCAGGAUGUAUGGACAGGCCAUCAACCAGCGGUAGAAUAUCAUGUAGACCAAUUUUGCUUUAAACGCUAUAUAUAUCUAUCAAGCAUAUUCAAAGUAAAACUUCUACAUCAUGAGCAAACAUAAAUGUUUUGUUAAAGAUGUAAUUGUAAGUACAGUAUAUCACAAAAAUAAGACUAUGUAGUACUAAACAAACAUGUGUUUAAUGAAGAAAUAUACAAUAACAAAAAUCAUAUUUUGAUUGUAGGAUUUGUGUUAUCUGAAAAAUUGUCACUUUCACUUUCAUUUUUCAACUAAUACUAUCAUAUGGCCAACAUGUCGGGGUAGUCAAUUUUGAUCCACUGGAGAUCACACAAAAUAUCAUAUCACCAUCAAAAGUAGACAAUAUAAUUUUGAUUGAUUUUUGAUUUUUCUGUCAUAUUACCAAUUACUGGCAACCCUGUCGCUAUUUUCCUCAUAUCUUGGUCAUUCUAGGGAGUAACUCCCUGAUGUUUAGUACAUUUGUACAUCAUUCAAAGUACAUCAAACAACAUCUUCCAGGGUCUGAUAUUGCACUGUAGGCAAACAUGCACCCAUCAUCCAAAAUGUCCAUACCUGACUUCUACCUUUGGGAAUACACCAACAAUAGAGUGUACAAGAAUGACCUCAGGACAAUUGCAGACCUCAAAAUGGAGAUCAUCUGUCUCAUUCAGG